AUGGAGGCUUUAAAGCCCAAUAUCAAAGUACUGAAAAAGCGUCGCUCGAGUCUUUUUGCAACCAUAAAACGGGAAGUGAGUUUCUCACACAGCAUUGAAGACCAGGAUUGUGAGUUCCCCUUUUCACAGGACAGCUCUAUAAAACCAUGGACAUCUAUGGAAAACCUUGAUGCACCUGAUGAGAAAAAAAAGACGGGAAAAGAUCAGGAAAAACCUGUGAAAAAUCCUAGGAAAUCAAACAUUGUCAACCUUAAUGUAGGCGGAAAGGUAUUUCACAUUCCGACGCAUUUGAUCCUCAAACACCCAAAAACCAGGAUUGGAGUCCUUGUCCUCUGUAAAGAUCCGGCCAAACGUCUGACGCUCUGUGACGAUUACAACGUUCAGAACAACGAGUUCUUUUUCGACAGGGACCCCAUGUUUUUCCACUACAUCUUCCACUUCUACUGCAGUAAUGUCCUGUGGGUGAUGGAUAGUCUCUGCCCUAUCCACUUUGAACAAGAGAUGUUAUUCUGGGGGUUAAAACUGAAGGACACUCCAAGGUGCUGCCGCAUUCUGUUUGAGGAGAAAGUAGACGACAUCAGAGACCAACUGAAGGUGAACCAGGAGUUGAUCGAUGAGAUUAAGCCUCACCAAGAUGACGAUGGAUACAAGAAGAUGUUUCUCGGAGGCUUAAGGAAGAUCCUCUGGGACUUGAUGGAGGAUCCUUACUCCUCACUAUCAGCAAAAGCAUUUGCCGUGUUUUCCAGUCUCUUUGUGCUCAUCUCCAUUGUUGCCAUGACAAUGAACACAGUAAAUGAACUGAGGCAGUACAAAAUUGGAGGCAAAACCUACAUGGAGUGGGUAGAGAUAUCUUCCAUCCUUUUCUUCACCUUGGAGUACUUCUUGCGUUUACUCACCACAUCCAACAUCAAGCAUUUUCUGAAGAGUGCCCUGAACUUUGUUGACGUGGUCGCUGUAAUGCCCUACUUCCUCCAGAUCAUGUUUGAAACAUUUGUAAUGGACUCAGAAGACAUUGGUGCAAAAGAGGAUUUGAAGGCCAUGGCGAGGGUCAGCAAAAUCAGCAAGGUGCUCAAGGUGGUCAAGUUGAUGCGCAUCUUUCGUAUUUUGAAGCUUGCUCGUCACUCAACAGGCAUGAGGGCUUUUGGCUUUACCAUCCGACAGUGCUCUGAGCAGGUGUGCUGUCUGUUUCUGUUCAUCGCCAUGGGCAUCUUCACCUUCUCUGCUCUGAUGCACUCUGUGGAGAUCGAUCAGCCUGGAACACCGUUCACCAGCAUACCAGACGCCUGGUGGUGGGCAGCGGUGAGCAUCUCUACUGUGGGCUAUGGGGAUGUGGUCCCUAUCUCCUAUAUGGGCCGCUGUGUGGCGUUUGGAUGCAUCUCUUUUGGCAUCAUCCUCAACGGCAUGCCCAUCUCCAUCCUGUUCAACAAGUUCUCAGACUAUUACGCUAAACUGAAGGAACAAGAAUACACAUAUUCAAACACUGUGCGCUCAUUCCAGCUCAAGAAACGUCUGAGGCGCAAGUUUGACAACUGCUUCGAACCCCAGCUGGAGGAGUCUGACGACGAGAUUCACUAUCGGCCCAUUGGAAGGCAAACUGUCCACGAGAGCGAGGACUUAGCUGCCCAAUAGUUUAAACCUUGCACAUUCUGAAAGGCCUUAUCACCAAUGGGUGGGGAAAUCGUGAGACAGUGUCUGCCUCCCAAUUUACAGCCUACGUGAUUUAAGACAAUCCAGGGGAGGGGGCAAUGGAGGCGGUGGCAAGUUGAGAUAAGCUUUAAGCUUCAGCUUUGCAGUAGGUACUGUUUGCACGCUAUGGCCGAUGACUCCUCUGUCAAAUGGACAAGAUGCUCCUGCUGGACAGCUUGUUGUCGGCUUCCAGGAAUAGUACUCGACUGCUACUAAUUCCAGCUUAACUGAAGGAGGAGGUCAAGGAAUAACAUUAUUAAGAAGCAAUGUCAUACUUUAAUCAAUUUAACAGGAAGUGCUAUACAUAGUCUAUUUUAAACAGCUAAUCUCUUGACAUUCUUGAUUUUCCACACAACUGCAGUAUAGCCUUGAUUUAAAUACCAGUCAGUUUUAGCAUUGUAGUCAUUGCCUUCUACUUUUCUAGUCUAAGAAAAUACAAAUGUACAAGCAAUAAAGCCUCACAGAU